AUGGCGACGGCCAGUGGAUCGAAAAUAAACUUAGAAGUAUUUUUAGAAGAGGUAAGGAAAUAUCCUUGCCUCUUCGACAAAAAAAGAAAAGACUACAAAGAUAGUCAAUUGAAGAAAAGUUUGUGGCACGUGAUCGGCUCCAAAUUCAAUUUGAGUGGUCCAGUAGCAGAAACAAAAUGGAAAGUGCAAAGAGACCGAUUUACGAAAGAAAAAAGAAAAGUGAGGGACAGUUUAGGUACAGGGAAGGGAACCCUGGAAGUCUAUGUUCCGAAAUGGUUCCUGUACCAACAAAUGGAAUCGAUUCUCAAUGUAUGUUCGUCAGAAAAUACAAGUAUAUGCAGCAUCACUGAAUACAAUGAUGAUUCACUGGAUGGAGAGAUUGAUUCAGACGACGAACUGGUGCAUUCCAGGGCAGGACCCAGUUCACCCAGCACCCCCGCUCCAAAGUCCAGUAAGCAAAUUAAAAGAAAGGCGGAGGAGAUGAAUCUCGUGACCAAUGAAGAUAUGAAACUAGUUUUAGGACAAUAA